UGAAAGCUUUCAUCCCGUAAGCAGCGUCAGGCCGCCAUAUUGGUUUGCAGCAAAUUUCGUUCGUUUUUAAGUCAACUUUUGUGCGAGUUCUCGAAACAAAGCACAGUUUUGAUUUGGUGAAGUGCUGGCAGAGCUGAAAAAAGCAGUUAAAAAGGACGCGCAGUGAGCACAGUGCAUGUGACUGAUGUAAUUAAAGUAUCCGGCACCGCCUAUACACACACACAGUACAAAUGAGCAAGAUGACGCGUUACGCGGAAGCCAAGUCGGUGAAGGUGGACAACUGGGGUGUGUUUUUCCUGCAGAAGCUGCAAAACUUCUUCAACAAAACCGACCACUGCGAUCUGACGCUACAGUUCAACGACAACUCGCAGCUGAAGGUGCACCGGCUAGUGCUGUCCGCCUGUACGGACUACUUUAACCAUCUGGAAAACGUGUGCGAGAUGUACGACGACGUACUGAUCAUGCCGAUGGAUCUGCAGGCCGACGUGAUCGUGCCGAUUGUGAACUUUAUGUACACCGGCACGCUCGAGUUCCAGUACAAUAUGUACGACCGGCUGCUGAAAACGGCCACCGACAUGAACAUGACCGUGCUGCUGAAGCUGCUCGAGGCCCAUCGGCAAACGUCGUCGCGAAUUGUGAAGCAACCGGUGCUGUUGAACAAGCAAGCGCCACGUCCUCGCGGUGCUCCAGUGUACCAAGGCGCUGGGCCGCGCGUUAUGCCCGCACAGAGAGGUGCGAACGUGGGACCGAGACCGCGCUUACCGGUGGCACGCCAACCGAUGCAUAUGUACGGCCACAAAGGGGCCGGUCACAGCACAGCAAAGGACGUCAAGCCAGGUCCAUCGCGGUUCGAUGACGGUGAGAUGGGCGAAGGUUUCGAGGGAUCGUUCGAUGGCAUUACGUACGAAACCAAGCCACUGCUAACAGCCGACCAGGUGAAAAAGGAAGAAGAGACAUCGCCGUUCGAAAAGCUGCGCAAAGGCUACACCAACGCGAACGUGGUGAAGCGAUCGUCCAGCGGCUCGCUCACAUCUCCGCCGGCCAAGAAGCCGAACCUGGAUGAAGUGAAAGAAUUCACCGAAGCGGCCCGCAUGCGAAGCCAGCUAGCGACGGCGAAUGAUGAUGAUUCGCCCGACUACGUGGAUGACGAUACCCACUUUAACGACGACGAUGAUGAGGAUUAUCAGCCACCGGCUUCGGUAAAAGCCGCUUUGGCAAAGUCCGCCAGUCACCACGCGGGAACGGUCAAGCACGGUACCAUCAAGCAGGAAUCGAAAUCACCCGGCUCGGGUGGCAAUUCGAGCGCGAUGAAACAGAUCACAGUGAAGGACGAUUCCGGUAGCGUCGAUCAUGCGAAGAUCAUAUCGGAGGUGCUGAAGAAAUACCCCCAUCUGGUGAAGAAGAACAAAAACAUCAAGCUAAAGAUCAUGCAGAAACCGUCGCCGAACAAUGCGAACGCAACCAACGCCAGCAGCGCCUCGUCCAGUGCAGCAGCGACACCGAAGAUGGAAGUUCGUACCGCAACGCCUUUAAAGCAGGACCUCUCGAUGGUGCGCCGCGCGACCGCAAACAUACGCAGCGAAACAGCGAAACCGUCAGCCGGGUCCACGACGUCCACCGGUAAACCGACCACCGGCACAACCAAAACGAUCGACGCGAAAACGAUGCACGCGCUGAUCGCGAAGGGUGCGGAAAACACUACCGGCCCUUGGUUGUGUUUGCGGUGCGGCAUCAACGGACGUCCGAUCAGCAUUCCGAGCUACAAAGCGUUCUACAACCAUUUGAUCCACAAGCACAAGGAGCGCAUCGAUGUGCGCAUCUGCGAGCACUGCGGGUUCAAGGCGCAGCAGCGCAAUCCGCACCUGAUCUACCACUGGUUCACCGAGCACAAGGUGAAGCCCACGAUCAAGUUCCCGCGGUGCGACGAGUGCGAUCACGUCGCAAUGACGGCGGACGAUUUGCAGAAGCACGAGGAGGAGGCGCAUUCCCGGGGCGACCUGCAGCAGUGCAUCUACUGCAACAAGGUGUUUGCGAAGGAGAUGGAGCUGUACGAUCACAUGAAGGAGCAGCACAAGGCGCGUGCUAUCGCGGACGGUGUGCUGGAGUUUACGGACGAUGAAGACUACCAAUCGCAGGAGGAGGAAGUAUCGUCCCCACAGGCGGGCAAAACGUACUCCGCCCAAGGGGCUAGCGGAGAAGGUAAGAUCAAAAUCCUGUCCAACAUUACGCUGCCUCCGGCGAAGGGAUCGAGCUCGGCGGCGGCUGGUGGUUCGGUGCGUCACAUCACGCUCGAACCAUCGUCCGAAGCGGAAGCACUGAGCAAUGUGGCGUCCGGCAUCGCCACCAGUCUGACGCUUGUCGGUGACAAUGGGGUCGUGAUCGACGACCCCAACUAUCAGAAUCAGUUCAUCGAAGCGGAGCUGGCGAGCGUGCAUGGGGAGAAUGCGAGCACGGGCACGGAAACAACCAUCCCGAAGCUGGUGACUGCCGAUGGGACCGAGCUGCAGCUGACUCAAUCGCAGAAGGAUGAAAUAAUUUCUCAGCUACAAAACACUGGCGGUGGCAACGACGUGGUGAUGGUGUUGAACGAGGACAACUUUUCGGUCGGAUCCACGAUACAGCUAGACGAAGGGGUGCAGAUCGUAGACACGUCCUCGCAAAACAUUAUGGUAAUGUACAGCCAGCCGGAGGGUGGCGAAUCGGAACAUAACGAUAGCCAAAAGUCCGACGCGAAGGUGGCCGCCGCCGAUGUGACGACGGCUUCGGAAGACGACAAUUCGCAAGCAUCCGUCUCGCUGUCCGAGGACAAGGCAGCAUCGUCGAUCGCGGACAAGCAACCGUCGCUUGAGGGUGGCGAUGAGAGCCAGGAAUCGCGCCGUACGGACGCGUCCGACAAGCCGGAAGCCGAAGACGAAGGCAACACCACCAUGGACGAUGACGUGGACAUGUCCGGUGGCGAUGUAACGUCGGAAACGAACGAAACGUUGCAGCAAGCUGUCAAGGACGAGCUGAUGGAUCUGGAGGACGAGUUGCGGGCCCCCGACACGUCGGCCGACGGAACGAAGGAGGACGAGCUGAACGAUUCGGAAGAUCGGCAGCAAUCGGACAAGCUGAAGCUGAUUUCCGAGCUGGAAGGCGAUUGGUCGGAGGAUACGGCGGAAGAACAACCCGGCACACCGGCUGUCGCGGACGUUUCGGAGAAGCCUGCCACGAAAAAGGUGACAGCAACGGCAACGGUUGAUAAGAAAGCAACCGCAUCAACUCCUGCCGCCAAAACAGCGUCAAAGCCGACCGGCGGAGAGAAAAAGCCCGUAGCGGAAGCGGUGGCGACAGGGAAGAAGAGGCCUCUGGGUGAAGCGCCAGCAGCAGCAGCAGCAGCACCCCCUUCCAAGGAGCGUAAAAAGUCAGGAGGCGAGGAGAAACUUUCCGAGAAGGAAAUCGAUAAGCUGCUCGAUGAUUGGAACAACGAGGCAAAGCUGGACGAGCUCACAGAGGAAGCGGAUCUCGAGAAGGAAAUAGCAAAAGUGACCGGUGUGAAGGCUGCUGAGACCGGCGAGAGUGAUAGUAAAAAGCCGAACGAGGUGAAAAAGGACACUGCGGCUGCGGAUGCGACGAAACACGACAAACCGGACACAACGGACGCGGACGCAGACAAGCCAACGGCGGAGGAAGAGGAGCAGGAGGAGGAUGUGGAGGAAGAGGAAACGGUUACACCUGCGGAAGAAGGAAAGGAAAGCUUCUCGGUGAAAGGGAAGAAAAAUGGUACGGCCUCCGCCACUGAGACCAGCCGGAGCAAGCUGGAGGACACCAGUGAACUGGACGAAGAGCAGGAAGAGGACGACGAUGAUGGUGACGAAGAGGAUAAGGACAAAGCGAACGCUAAGUCGAAGGAGGUUAGCUCACUGUUGGGCGAGUGGGAUGAGGACGAUGAUCUGUGAAGGGAUCAAAGUUGACCACACAUGUAGUAGCUUACAAAGUUUUACAUUUACAUUACGUAGUCAGUUUUUACACCUGCCCGGGUCCGUAGGAAAUGGUCGCCAAGCCAGGGGCGUGAGAUUUUGAGGGGAUUAAUUAAUUAUAUUUUUGAUACUUUUUUGUUUGUACGCAAACGAUCUUGCUUUUGAGUAAACCCGAGGUAAGGUAGUUAUAAAGGUAAUAAGCUAUGUUUACACGCUACAUCCUAUAUCGAAAGGUUUUGAUAUGUUUCACUAGUUGGGGAAAAUUGUGUAUGUAAAAGUCUGAGUCUGAUUGAAGCCAGCUAGUAUUUUAUAUGAUUUUCCAUUCAUUCGUCAUUAAGUGCCGUGUGUGUGUGUAUUUUAAAACAAUUGUAAACAGCAUAAGCGAACCAUGCCUUCAUGCGGCAUGCAAUUCUAACUACAACAGUCACGGAACUGGCCGGUGUUCGAGUAAUAGAUUUACUGCGUUCUAAUUGCUUAGAUAUGAAAAUGGAUAGUGGGAAACAACGUUUAAGUUAUAAGCUACAUUGUAAUCUUAUGUCCUUAGGUGCAAAAGCUGCAAUAAAUACAACUAUUUGAAGUAUAACGUGA